AUGCCGCCAGACUUAAAGAGUUGCAGUUUCUUCUUUCUCUAUGAUGGAUCAAAAGUGAAAGAGGAACAGGAUCCCACCAGAAAGGGAAUUUGCUACUUUUACCCUGAAGAGACUCCUAUAGACAAACAGGAGUUACUUUGUGGUCAGCUGGCUGGAGCAGGUCGUUGUGUGUCUGAACUGUCGUCUUCACCUGUGCAUGUACUCCGACUGCGCAGGAACAAGUUUUCCAUCCGCAUGAAGGAUGAUUUCCUGUGGGCUUUGGGCUGUUUUGUGGACAUUCCCACCGUGAGCGUCUGUGAACUCUUGGAUCACCUCAUUAGUUUGUUCUGUUUUUACAAUGGUUCUGUGCGACAAAGCUACCAGCUGAACAGACCGGAGACUCUGGCUUCUCGAUGGGCACAGUAUCUUUCACACCAUCAACAAGGAACAAAUGAUCUUCAUCACAUCUUCAGCUGCAUAAAAACGAUUGAUUCAACAAAUGUUGACCCACUGCUACUGUUGAAAGCAGCUCUCAUUCUUCAGGCUUGUCAGCGCUGCCCUCUGGUGUUGGCAGGCUGCAUCUUAUUCAGAGGAAGAGUCGUUAGCACUCAGAUGACUCCGGCACUCACGAUGAAGGUCAUGGUUCAUGAGAAUGAAACAUUUAUCAAGUCCCAAAGACACAGCAGUGCGGGCUCCAGUGCAGUGAAAGACCCAGUGAGCUCAGUCCCUGUGUUCCUGACCACAUCAGAGCUGCAUUAUCUACAGUCCACUCCUGUCGACAAAGAAAUCAAAACUCACUCCACUCCAUGUAAAGAAACCCAGCAUCGAAAACCACGUUUGUCUCGAACAUUGUCAGACACUCUCUCCACUGACUCGGAGCCCUCUGAGUCGGGGUCCUCCCAGUCCCUUCUUAAGAGUCCUCCAUCUUCUACUGAUAAUGUGUUUGUUCCUGGCACUGCUGACCCGCUUCUAUCCUCCUCCUCCCCUCUCCCAAACGGCAAGGAAGAAGAUGUCUCUUUUUAUCACAGUUUUUGCACUAAUGGCGAUGAUAUUACUGACAAUAGUAUGAGCAGUUCUGGUGCGGAGGCAAACUGUGCAAGUGGAGGAAUAGCAGGAAAUGGCAGGACAAUGUUGGAUUUCAAUGGAGCUGCUGGAACGGAGGAGGUGUGUGAUGGGGGGCUGCGGAGGGGCAGUGGUCAUGUGGUGCCCUCUGGUGCUGAGGGCGCGCCUGACUGCCAAAAUGACGACUCCUUGGUGCCAAUGAUGCUGUACCUUCACCGGGUCAAGGGGCUCGUAUUGAUCCUACUCGUGGAGAGGCACUUCCUGGAUGACUCAGCUUCAAUGGAGGAAGUGUAUCACAGCAGCUUGGCCGCGCUCAAUGGACUGGAGGCUCAUUUGAGGAGCGUCACCCCAGGAGCCCCAGGCGCUCAGGGACCCUACAUUUUUGCCCAUUUUGACUCCAUUCAGAGCACGCUGACAUCCAACUUGUCUGGUCGUCCUGGAGCAGCCCAUGAGCGACCUUUUGUGAGGGCCGCAUCACUCCUUCACUCGCAUUUCUGUAACACUGAAACUCUGCAGGAGGCUAUUAUCAGGAGUGCUGGUGCUGCUGUGUACGGGACACGCAGCGUUGCUCAGGAGACAUAUUUCCUCCAACAUGGCACAGUGAGAAACUCUGGCAUCCCAAACCACCAGGACAGCGCCUUCUCUCUGCCCACCAAGGCCCGCCACAGACUGCUCAAACACGGGGUCAAUCUGCUCUAA